CUCUCUGUACGCGUGCUCUAGAUAGAUCCGAGUUCAUAAUUUGGGACAGCCUAUAUAUAUCGUGACAACCAGACAACAUUUAAUACAUGUAUUCGGAUUGAAGUAAUUUUGUUCAGGUAAUUCAUCAGACACAUAACAACAGCCCAGUUACUACAACAACCUCUACUGACUGAAAAAGUGGCAUGGAUACUCCAUCAGACAAACAAGAGCAAACAACUAAGGAUGUUCCUGUGACAGUGGCCCCAGUUGGUACUGAUAGUGAACAUGUGGCUAUAUCUCUGUUAGAAGGUCAUGAGACCAGCAAGGGACCUGUUGUGGAGUCUUGGACUAUAGAGCCAGUAAAUACAGAGAAGAAUCCCAACAAGGAGGCAACAAUAACCAUGCCCCAUCUUGUAAAAAAAAUACCACAGAAAGAGCUGCUGCCCCGCCCAUAUCGUACAUUUAACCAGGUGGUAGUCAUGACUUAUGCCAGUGCCAUAUGCUGUCUGUUUGUAGGCCUGCUGGCCAAUCGUUGGGCAUGGCAUGCUAAACUUCAAAAUGAAAAGGGGCUAUAUGGUCUUGCCAAGAAAUGGGCUCGUCGUGCUGUUUAUGUCAGCUAUGUGGCUGUUGUGUUAGGAGUGAUUAUUAUCACUUCUAUCACUUUGAAUGAAACUCUCACAGAAAACACAAAUAAUUAGUGUGGAAGCUUACAACAGGAGCAAGAACCUGACAUAAACAAUGACACAAAGAGUGUUCCGGUGAAUUUUAGUCAGUUUAUCAACAAACUUUGUUUACUUACAAAUUCCUAUGAAUGCUUGGCUAGGAUUAAAGUUCCAUCAUCUAAUCUCAAACCAUUGUAUACUAAAAUACAUUGUAACAUAUACUAGUAAACUGUAACAUACAUACAUUGUAACAUACACCAGUAAACGGAAACAUACAAACUAUUUUGUCUGUUGAUGUGAUGUAUACAUUGUAACAUACAAACUAUUUUGUGUGUUGAUGUGGUGUAUACACUGUAACAUACAAACUAUUUUGUGUGUUGAUGUG